AAUACAUCAUUCGCUUGAGCCCCAACCAAACCCUGCCGCCUUUGUGCUCCAACCCCAGCGAUCUCUCCCUCAGCGCCUCCUUCGGCGGCACCGUUGCCGGCGAAGCCACGGCCGACGACGGCAUCCUCGCGGGAUUCUUCUCGAUCGUGGCUUCCCAUCGCCGAUCCCUUGAGCUUCCCAUCACCGACAAGCUCGAAGCCAUUCGCGAAGAGAACGCCGAGCUCCGCAUCGCUAAGAACAACUUCGCCAAACUCCUCUCCAAAAUCCCCAUCACUGGAGGUACACCUCGAUUCAUGCCUCCGAUUUCAACUUUGCCCUUAUCUUGCAUCUCAUUCUUGAAGAAACUGAAGAAGCUGAUGGCCGCCCAAACGGGAACGAGGGACGACAAGAUCCGCAUCCAGAAGUGGUACAACAUCUACAAGGACCAUAUCACUCUCAAGGACUACGAGAUUCACGACGGCAUCGGCCUCGAGCUCUACUACAAUUGAUCCAUCAUCUCAAUCUAGAAGAUCAAAUAUGGUGUGGUGAGCAUGCAAGAUUUAGCUUGGGAUGUGUUGACUUGGGAAAAGUUUUACCUGAGUGGCCGCUUGCAAAAACCUGUACUUUGAGUGAAUCAAGAGAGGGACAGUGUGAGAGAGAGCAGUGGAGAGUGUGAGAGGGAGAUGGCUGAAUCCGCUGUUUCACAGGUGGUAACCAGGCUUGCCGGGCUCUUGUCUCAAGAAUUCUGGUUGUUGUAUGGAUUGCGUGAUGAGGUGGAGUGGAUGGAAAGAGAGCUCCGUUGGAUUAAAUGCUUUCUCAAGGACGCUGAUGCAAAAGGAAAGAGAGAUGAAAGGGUGAAGAACUGGGUGAAUGAAGUAAUACAAGUUGCUUACCAAGCUGAAGACGCCAUUGAUACUUUCCUCAUUAAGGUGAAUCAUCAGUCCAAUGGUUGGCUGAGUCGCAUCAAAUACUGGUUUAAACCAAGCGCGUUGAUAGCAAGGCAUAAUGUUGGUGUGGAGAUUGGUAAGAUAAAAGAAAGGCUUAAUGAGAUCAAGGUUAGUAGAGAAGCCUAUGGGAUUCAAAACUUGAGUGAGGAUGGAGAUGCUUCCAACUUAAUAUCCAUAAUAAGGAGAUGCCAUUUCUUAUAUCAAUAUUCUGAUGAUGCUGAUGUAGUUGGGCUCUUUAAUGAUCAGAAAAUCCUACUGGGACAACUGAUGGAUCAACAACAACAAAGGCUUUGUGUCAUUAGCAUAGUUGGUACUGGUGGUCUUGGCAAAACAACCCUUGCAUGGAAACUCUACAAGCCUAUGGUGGUCUUAGCAAUCAUUUCGACAAGCGCAUUUGGGACAGUCUCUCAAGAAAAUAGUUUAAUGGAGCUUCUUAGAAAGAUGUUUGAAGAAGUUCGUCAGAUUGAAAAGGAGAAGUUGGAGAAAAUGACAGAAAAUGAUUUCAUAGACAUGCUUAAUGACUCACUAAGAGCACAAAGGUUUCUUAUUGUAUUGGAUGAUAUUUGGCGAGAGGAUGUAUGGAAUCAGAUGCAAAGAAGUUUUCCGGAUGUGAACAAUGGAAGUAGGGUCUUAAUCACCACUCGGUUUCUUAAUGUUGCAAAGGGAGCAGAUCCAAGAAGCACUCCGUACCAACUUCCGCUUUUGAAUGAUGAUGAGAGUAUGAAGCUUCUUCUCAAGAAGGCAAAGCCUUAUGAAGAUGUUGAGGCAAAUUUCACCAAUGAAUUGCUUGAUAUCGGCCUUCGUCUCAUGGACAAAUGCGGUGGCCUAUCUCUGGCUUUAGUUGUUCUUGGAGGUCUCCUAUCUAUAAAAGACAAAACACCUGUUGUGUGGCGAAGAGUGUUGGAGACGAUGGAUUGGGCGGCAGAAGGAAGACAAUGCCAAGAAAUACUUGCUUUGAGCUAUGAAGAUCUUCCGUAUCAUAUGAAAUCAUGUUUUCUUUAUUUGGGCGCUUACCCUAAGGAUUAUGAGAUCUCUGGCAAUGAGUUAAUCUGGCAAUGGAUUGCAGAAGGCUUCAUACCACAGGAAGAAAGAAAGACCAUGGAGGAUACAGGGGAAGCUAUUUUAGAGGAGUUGAUUCAGAGGAGCUUGAUUCAUGUAAAUAUGAGGAAAAACAAUGGGAGUGUGAAGAAAUGUGGCGUCCAUGAUCUACUACUGGAUUUUACAAGAUCUACAGCUAAGAAAGACAUCUUCCUUACAGUUUGUUCCAAUGAAAAUGAUCAACCAACUUAUUUGACGUCGUCUCGCCAUGUGGCUUUCCACAAUAUCAAUGACACCAAGAUCAAUGAAAUCUCUAGAGUCUAUACAAUGCAUGGACUCAGGACUUUGAUGGCAUUUGGUCUACGUUAUCUUUCAAUUGAUUCUCCAAUAUUUAGAUUUAAGCUUCUAAGGGUGCUUGAUUUGACUGAGUCAAUAAGAUUACCAAAACAGAUCAAGCUCUUGAUCCAUUUACGUUAUUUAAGGCUGGGCGAUGUUAAUUACCUACCAUCGUCGAUAGGAAACUUUCAAUCCUUAGAAACUGUUCUUCUAAGUCAUGGAAGAGAGAUACCAAUCACACUAUGGAAGAUGAAGACACUAAGACAUGUACAAGUCUUGCGGUGCAACCCACCACAAAGUCUUGAGCUAAAAAAUCUCCUCACACUUGAGAAUGUAGCAUUCGGAUCCUAUAAAACAAUAAACUGAAGGUUUCCCAACCUUAGGAAGUUGAAAGUGUUUAUUGAUGAGGAACACCAGGGACCAAUGCUAACCCAUCUACUCUGUGGACUACACCAUCUUAUCAGCUUGUGUAUACAGGCCGCAAGAGAUUGCUCUAUAGAGAUCAACACCAAGGACUUGCCAUUUCAUAACCACCUCCUCUCGUUGACGUUAUUUGGAUUUUGGAGAAAG